CCUCUCUCUCUCUCUCUGAACAUGGAGACUCUGGAGGAAGUUGAAAUCUGUUUUCCCCACAUCAACACCUCCUGCAGGAGUACAAGGCGUCCUCACAUGGAGACCACAUUCAUUUACUGUGUGUUGUCCUGCAUCAUUGUGCUCACUGUGAUUCUUAACCUGCUGGUCAUCAUCUCUAUCUCCCACUUCAGGCAGCUCCACACCACCACCAACCUCCUCCUUCUCUCUCUGGCUGUCGCUGACUUCCUCGUGGGUCUCCUGGAGAUGCCGGGUCAUCUCCACAACCAAGGCUGCUGGCUCCUGGGUGAUCCAAUGUGUGUCGUGUAUUGCUUUCUAUCUUUCCUCGUUAUCAGCAUUUCAGUGGGAAGCAUGGUGCUCAUAUCAGUCGACCGCUAUAUGCUCGGGCCAUGCGCUCUCACGUUACAGUCUUGA